UACAGGGAUGACCAGAGACUGCGGACACAGUACAGGGAUGACCAGAGACUGCAGACACAGUACAGGGAUGACCAGAGACUGCGGACACAGUACAGGGAUGACCAGAGACUGCAGACACAGUACAAGGAUGACCAGAGACUGCAGACACAGUACAGGGAUGACCAGAGACUGCGGACACAGUACAGGGAUGACCAGAGACUGCGGACACAGUACAGGGAUGACCAGAGACUGCGGACACAGUACAGGAGAUGACCAGAGACUGCGGACACAGUACAGGAGAUGACCAGAGACUGCGGACACAGUACAGGAGAUGACCAGAGACUGCAGACACAGUACAGGAGUUCCGCAGAGUUUUUUUUUUUAUCUUACCUGUUCCUUUAUCCAGCCGCGCGCUGUCUUCCCGGCUUCUGUAGUGUGGGCGCUCGUCGGACAGCCGGAUGCCCAGUGCGCAUGCGCGAGAAGCGCUGCG